AAUUUGGGAAGGGGCCGCGGCAAGAUGACGGACGUUUUGAGUAGGAAAUGUUCAUGAACGACGUUGGCAGCCCUGUCUCCAGUCCGUCGGCGAGGUAUUAACGCAUUGUCUAGCUUAAGGCGCGUUUAACCUCAGUUUUUGUGUUGUUCGCGAUUUGUUCAUCGUUCGCCCCUUCGCAGAUGAUGGUCGGCGCAAACAGCGAGAACUAUGAGAAAAAGGAGAAAACCGACGAGGACGCAGAGUCGCUGGAGGAACAGCCGCUCGACAUAGGCGAACAUUACCUCGUCCGGCGAAAAUCCGACGACUGGCUCCCUGCCGAGAUAAUCCAGUCGAGGUUUAACGAUCAGGAGAACCAUUACGAAUAUUACGUCCACUACGAAGGCUACAACAGAAGACUAGACGAAUGGGUUCCUAGAGACAGGAUAAUGAACUCGAGGUUUGAUAUGUCAGAACAACAAUGGAAAAACAUAGACAGACCUUCGACAGACAUUUUACUCGAGCAGACGGAUCGAAAGAUAACGAGAAACCAAAAACGCCGCCAUGAUGAAAUCAAUCAUGUUCAGCAGACUUAUGCUGAAAUGGACCCGACAACUGCCGCCUUGGAAAAGGAGCAUGAAGCCUUCACAAAAGUAAAGUACAUCGACAGAAUACAAAUCGGUGCUUACGAAAUUGACACCUGGUACUUCAGCCCCUACCCAGAUGAGUUCAGCAAAGUCAGCAAGCUCUGGAUAUGCGAGUAUUGCCUUAAAUAUGCUCGGUUUGAGCGAAGCUACCGUGAACACUGUGAUGUAUGCCCUCAUCGUUAUCCGCCAGGAAAUGAAAUUUAUAGAAAAGGAACUCUAGCAAUUUGGGAGGUGGACGCUUGUUCACAGAAAGUCUAUUGCCAGAAUUUAUGCCUUUUGGCAAAGCUAUUCCUCGACCACAAGACUCUCUACUUCGACGUAGAACCCUUUCUAUUUUAUAUACUGUGCGAGAUCGACAGGGAAGGAGCUCACCUCGUGGGCUAUUUUUCAAAAGAAAAGGAAUCGGCUGAAGGGAACAAUGUGGCCUGCAUCCUCACACUGCCUCCUUAUCAGAGGCAAGGUUAUGGAAAACUCUUAAUAGCUUUUAGCUAUGAACUGUCCAAAUUGGAAAGGUCAGUCGGUAGCCCUGAGAAACCACUUAGUGAUCUUGGAAAAUUGUCAUACAGGUCCUAUUGGUCUUGGGUUUUGUUAGAUAUAUUGCGAGACUUCAGAGGAUCGGUAUCAAUUAAAGAUUUGAGCGAGAUGACAAGCAUAACUCAGACUGACAUCAUAUCAACCCUGCAGAGUAUGAAUAUGGUCAAAUAUUGGAAAGGCCAGCAUGUAAUAUGCGUGACACCGAAGUUAGUGGAGGAACACAUCCGCUCGGCGCAGUUCAAACGACCCCGGCUCACUGUAGAUGUCAACAACCUGCUUUGGGCGCCGCCGAAAAAAAUCGUCCACAACUCUACCAAGCAAUUAAAAAAAGCUUAGCCUUCGACACGAUUCGUUGGGACAUUUUUUUUUUAUGCGAGUGCUGUCUGAAGAAACUAUCAAGGUUAGUGCUGAGAUACUUACAACUACUUACAGGAGUCCAUGUCAUGUGCCAGUUUAUUUUAGUUAAAAAUCAGUUCAGAAGGUUUUAGAUAAUUAACCUGAUUAUCUUAUUGAAACAGCUACUAUUAAAGUAUAAUUUACUUUUUAAAUACAAAAAUCAAGGAAUUAUAUUAUUUCUUCUCUUCAUCUGAUUUAGGACCAUUCGUAAAUAUUCUUUACAAAUAUUUUUUAAAAAUACAAUAAUUGGAGAAUUUAUUACUUCAACCAUAUCAUAUGAUUUGUUCACAAAAAAAUGAUUCAAUAAAUAGUGUUUUAUGGUUUAAGAUGGGCUAUGAUUUCCAAUGAAUGGUCAUUAAUCACAUUUCUUUGGAAAGACUAUUAUGCCGAUUAAUUGCAUGCAGAUAGUUUGGAUUUGUGGUUAUAUGAAAUUACAAAAUUACUUAAAAAUGAGGUUACAUAUAGGUGGCUUAUGAAGUAGAAAAAAGUACAUAUAUUAAGCAUUAAAAAAUAAUGGAAGUCACGAAUGGAAGAAGGUGUUAUGUAAUAAAGACUAAAUAUCGAGGAAAUUUGAAGUAAAAUAUUUUUUCUUUUAACUUUUUCUUAGUUGCAUAGUUUUCAGCAGGACUAAAUUACCUUGUUUUUCACCUCAACUUGAACCACGUUAAAUUUAUUCUUCAAAUUAUGCCCAUGUUCACCAAUUAAGACAUAGUGAAAGGUUGGAAAUAUUGGCAAAUAUUCAAUUAAUUACAGACAAUUUUGGAAAUGAAAAAUUUGUAUCGCAGGUGGGAUUCGAACCAACGACCAUUGUCCGAUGUUCUAACCUCUUGGGCUACUCCUACUUCGAUCGCCCUUGUCACGAACUUCUCUCUUUAAUUUCCCAUAUAUAUUCCACUUGUAAAUCACGGCUUCGCAUAGAAGCACAUUUUGAAUUAAUGAUUGUAAUACAUUAGCUGGGGCUUGUGUGAUUUCAGAUUAAUUUGCAAAGCUUUAUCGAUUAUCUUGGUAGAUUCACUAAGUAAAACGACACCUGAAUGAGGUUUCUAUCUUGACUUUUAAGAAUUGUUUUAAUAAUAAUAAUAAUAAUAAUCUUUAUGUAUGGCAUACAAUGCCAAUCACAACAUACAAUUCUACAUCAUUAUAUAUUAUUACAUACUUGCUUUUACAGCUUUUCUUAAACACAUGAAUUGAGUUGGAAAACAGGCCCACUUGCAAAGAAUUUACAAAUUGACACGUUCUCAUAAUUGGUGCUGAUUGCAAAUAGUUCGAUAGAAGGGGAUAUAGAAUAGAUUUUGAUUUUUAGAAUUUCAGGACUUACUAUUAUGUAAGUUAGCAAUUUAAAUAAAAAUAAAGCAUUUUUGGCUUCUUACAGCGCCUGGGUGGUCAGUGCGAAAGGGUAAUGGAAAAAUGAUGAUAGUAAUAAUAACUAUAUAAUAAUAAACAACCGAAAAUAAAAAAUAAAUAAAUAAAUUACCCAUCGCCACGGAUACCCCUGGUACACUGUUCCUUGAGCCUGUUCGGCUUCUUACAGCGCCCGGGUAAUGGAAAAAAAACUGCUCCUUCUUCUCCCCUCUCCUGUUUUUAUUAUUUAUAUAUUCUUUUUUUCCUUUGUUCUUAGAUUUAAAGAUUUAAAGACGUAGAUUUAACGGUCGCAUCUCACUCCAUCUGCUAAGCU